AUUGGGCACUCUGGGGAUUGGAAGUGAUUAUGCCCCAUUUCUGCAUUAUCUGGGAAUAACGUGCAUGGAUUUGGCCUACACUUAUGACACGGUAAAUAAACAUUUUAAAUGUCAACGUUUUAAUUAUAAGUCAUACCUGGGUCAUACCUAUGCGGGACUUUGAGUCUCAGAGAAUAAACCUCAGCAAUACAGUUUUUGGGCAGUUGGUAUUUUUUUUAGAAAGUAUAUAUGAGACAUAUUUCACUUGCAUAUUCAUCCAGAACUACUGUUCUUCUUUGUAUUCCAAUAACCAAAAUCUCAAUCAUUUCAGUAAAGAUUGCUGAUUAAAGAUGUGGCUUGGCUGAAAAAGCUUGACAAUGUGCAUAGCUAGACACCUUCAGAUACAAAGAGAAAAUUCCUACAGAUAAUACAACUAGAAUCCUACAGAUAAGACAGAUAGAACCCUACAGAUAAUACAGAUAGAACCCUUCAGAUAGUACAGCAAGAAUCCUAGAGCUAAUAGAGAUAGAACCCUGCUGAUAGUACAACUAGUACCCUGCAGAUAAUACAGCAAGAACCCUGCAGAUAAUAGAGCUAGAAUCCUACAGCUAAUAGAGCUAGAACCCUGCAGAUAAUACAGAUAGAACUCUGCAGAUAAUACAGCAAGAAUCCUACAGCUAAUAGAGCUAGAACCAUGCUGAUACUACAACUAGUACCCUGCAGAUAAUACAGCAAGAACCCUGCAGAUAAUACAACUAGAACCAUGCAGAUAAUACAGCUAGAACCAUGCAGAUAAUACAGCUAGAACCAUGCAGAUAAUACAGCUAGAACCCUGCAGAUAAUUACAGCUAGAAUCCUACAGAUAAUACAACUAGUACCCUGCAGAUAAUACAGCUAGAACCAUGCAGAUAAUACAGCUAGAACCCUACAGAUAAUACAGCUAGAACCCUGCAGAUAAUACAACUAGAAUUAUACAGCUAAUAGAGCUACAACCCUGCAGAUAAUACAGCUAGACUACUACAGAUAAUACAGCUAGAACCCUGCAGAUAAUACAGCUAGAACCAUGCAGAUAAUACAGCUAGUAUCCUACAGAUAAAACAACUAGUACCCUGCAGAUAAUACAGCUAGAAUUCUACAGCUAAUAGAGCUAGAACCCUGCAGAUAAUACAGCUAUAACCCUGCAGAUAAUACAACUAGAACCAUGCAGAUAAUACAGCUAGAAUCCUACAGAUAAUACAACUAGUACCCUGCAGAUAAUACAGCUAGAAUCCUACAGCUAAUAGAGCUAGUACCCUGCAGAUAAUACAGCUAGAACUCUGCAGAUAAUACAACUAGAACCAUGCAGAUAAUACAGCUAGAACCAUGCAGAUAGUACAGCUAGAACCCUACAGAUAAUACAGCUAGAACCCUGCAGAUAAUACAACUAGAACCAUGCAGAUAAUACAACUAGAACCAUGCAGAUAAUACAGCUAGAACCAUGCAUAUAAUACAGCUAGAACCCUACAGAUAAUACAGCUAGAACCCGACAGAUAAUACAGCUAGAAUCCUACAGCUAAUAGAGCUAGAACCCUGCAGAUAAUACAGAUAGAACUCUGCAGAUAAUACAGCAAGAAUCCUACAGCUAAUAGAGCUAGAACCAUGCUGAUACUACAACUAGUACCCUGCAGAUAAUACAGCAAGAACCCUGCAGAUAAUACAACUAGAACCAUGCAGAUAAUACAGCUAGAACCAUGCAGAUAAUACAGCUAGAACCAUGCAGAUAAUACAGCUAGAACCCUGCAGAUAAUUACAGCUAGAAUCCUACAGAUAAUACAACUAGUACCCUGCAGAUAAUACAGCUAGAACCAUGCAGAUAAUACAGCUAGAACCAUGCAGAUAAUACAGCUAGAACCCUACAGAUAAUACAGCUAGAACCCUGCAGAUAAUACAACUAGAAUUAUACAGCUAAUAGAGCUACAACCCUGCAGAUAAUACAGCUAGACUACUACAGAUAAUACAGCUAGAACCCUGCAGAUAAUACAGCUAGAACCAUGCAGAUAAUACAGCUAGUAUCCUACAGAUAAAACAACUAGUACCCUGCAGAUAAUACAGCUAGAAUUCUACAGCUAAUAGAGCUAGAACCCUGCAGAUAAUACAGCUAUAACCCUGCAGAUAAUACAACUAGAACCAUGCAGAUAAUACAGCUAGAAUCCUACAGAUAAUACAACUAGUACCCUGCAGAUAAUACAGCUAGAAUCCUACAGCUAAUAGAGCUAGUACCCUGCAGAUAAUACAGCUAGAACUCUGCAGAUAAUACAACUAGAACCAUGCAGAUAAUACAGCUAGAACCAUGCAUAUAAUACAGCUAGAACCCUACAGAUAAUACAGCUAGAACCCGACAGAUAAUACAGCUAGAAUCCUACAGCUAAUAGAGCUAGAACCCUGCAGAUAAUACAGCUAGAACUCUGCAGAUAAUACAACUAGAACCAUGCAGAUAAUACAGCUAGAACCAUGCAGAUAGUACAGCUAGAACCCUACAGAUAAUACAGCUAGAACCCUGCAGAUAAUACAACUAGAACCAUGCAGAUAAUACAACUAGAACCAUGCAGAUAAUACAGCUAGAACCAUGCAUAUAAUACAGCUAGAACCCUACAGAUAAUACAGCUAGAACCCGACAGAUAAUACAGCUAGAAUCCUACAGCUAAUAGAGCUAGAACCCUGCAGAUAAUACAGCUAGAACUCUGCAGAUAAUACAACUAGAACCAUGCAGAUAAUACAGCUAGAACCAUGCAGAUAGUACAGCUAGAACCCUACAGAUAAUACAGCUAGAACCCUGCAGAUAAUACAACUAGAACCCUGCAGAUAAUACAGCUAGAAUCCUACAGCUAAUAGAGCUAGAACCCUGCAGAUAAUACAGCUAGAAUCCUGCAGAUAAUACAGCUAGAAUCCUAGAGCUAAUAGAGCUAGAACCCUGCAGAUAAUACAAUUAGAACCCUGCAGAUAAUACAGCUAGACUACUACAAAUAAUACAGCUAGAACCCUGCAGAUAAUACAGUUAGACUACUACAGAUAAUAGAGCUAGAACAAUGCAGAUAAUACAGCUAGACUACAACAGAUAAUGCAGCUAGAACCCUACAGAUAACACAGAUAGAACUCUUCAGAUAAUACAAUACAGGGAGUGCAGAAUUAUUAGGCAAGUUGUAUUUUUGAGGAUUAAUUUUAUUAUUGAACAACAACCAUGUUCUCAAUGAACCCAAAAAACUCAUUAAUAUCAAAGCUGAAUAUUUUUGGAAGUAGUUUUUAGUUUGUUUUUAGUUAUAGCUAUGUUAGGGGGAUAUCUGUGUGUGCAGGUGACUAUUACUGUGCAUAAUUAUUAGGCAACUUAACAAAAAACAAAUAUAUACCCAUUUCAAUUAUUUAUUAUUACCAGUGAAACCAAUAUAACAUCUCAACAUUCACAAAUAUACAUUUCUGACAUUCAAAAACAAAACAAAAACAAAUCAGUGACCAAUAUAGCCACCUUUCUUUGCAAGGACACUCAAAAGCCUGCCAUCCAUGGAUUCUGUCAGUGUUUUGAUCUGUUCACCAUCAACAUUGCGUGCAGCAGCAACCACAGCCUCCCAGACACUGUUCAGAGAGGUGUACUGUUUUCCCUCCUUGUAAAUCUCACAUUUGAUGAUGGACCACAGGUUCUCAAUGGGGUUCAGAUCAGGUGAACAAGGAGGCCAUGUCAUUAGAUUUUCUUCUUUUAUACCCUUUCUUGCCAGCCACGCUGUGGAGUACUUGGACGCGUGUGAUGGAGCAUUGUCCUGCAUGAAAAUCAUGUUUUUCUUGAAGGAUGCAGACUUCUUCCUGUACCACUGCUUGAAGAAGGUGUCUUCCAGGAACUGUCAGUAGGACUGGGAGUUGAGCUUGACUCCAUCCUCAACCCGAAAAGGCCCCACAAGCUCAUCUUUGAUGAUACCAGCCCAAACCAGUACUCCACCUCCACCUUGCUGGCGCCUGAGUCGGACUGGAGCUCUCUGCCCUUUACCAAUCCAGCCACGGGCCCAUCCAUCUGGCCCAUCAAGACUCACUCUCAUUUCAUCAGUCCAUAAAACCUUAGAAAAAUCAGUCUUGAGAUAUUUCUUGGCCCAGUCUUGACGUUUCAGCUUGUGUGUCUUGUUCAGUGGUGGUCGUCUUUCAGCCUUUCUUACCUUGGCCAUGUCUCUGAGUAUUGCACACCUUGUGCUUUUGGGCACUCCAGUGAUGUUGCAGCUCUGAAAUAUGGCCAAACUGGUGGCAAGUGGCAUCGUGGCAGCUGCACGCUUGACUUUUCUCAGUUCAUGGGCAGUUAUUUUGCGCCUUGGUUUUUCCACACGCUUCUUGCGACCCUGUUGACUAUUUUGAAUGAAACGCUUGAUUGUUCGAUGAUCACGCUUCAGAAGCUUUGCAAUUUUAAGAGUGCUGCAUCCCUCUGCAAGAUAUCUCACUAUUUUUGACUUUUCUGAGCCUGUCAAGUCCUUCUUUUGACCCAUUUUGCCAAAGGAAAGGAAGUUGCCUAAUAAUUAUGCACACCUGAUAUAGGGUGUUGAUGUCAUUAGACCACACCCCUUCUCAUUACAGAGAUGCACAUCACCUAAUAUGCUUAAUUGGUAGUAGGCUUUCGAGCCUAUACAGCUUGGAGUAAGACAACAUGCAUAAAGAGGAUGAUGUGGUCAAAAUACUCAUUUGCCUAAUAAUUCUGCACUCCCUGUAUAACUCUGUAGACCGUUUGGCUAUAAACUUUAUUAAUCUGCAUAUGGCAUGGGUAGAAAAUUGUAAAUAAUAUUUAUAUUAUGGCUAGAAAUCAGCAGAUAGCACAGGUAGGCCACUACAGAUAAUAAAGUUUGAACCAUAUACCUUUAAAGCUAGAAUCCUACUGAUAGUACAUAUAUAACCAUACAGAAACUAAGGCACUUUCGUAUGAUAAGUCUAGUACUGUACAGAUGUAAGGAUAAAACUAUGCAGAUAAUAUAGCAAGAGCCCUGCAGAUAGUGUACCUAGAACUGUGCAGAUGAUACAGCUAGAAUUCUGCAGAUGGUGUACCUAGAACUGUGCAGGUGAUACAGUUAGAACCCUGCAGAUGGUAUACCUAGCACUGAGCGGGUGAUACAGUUAGAACCCUGCAGAUGGUAUACCUAGCACUGUGCAGGUGAUACAGUUAGAGCCCUGCAGAUGGUAUACCUAGAAUUAUGCAAAUGAUACACCUAGAACCCUGCAGAUGGUAAACUUAGAACUGUGCAGAUGACACAUCUAAAAUCCUGCAGACGGUAUAUCUAGAACUGUGCAGGUGAUACAGUUAGAAACAUGCAGAUGGUAUACUUGGAACUGUGCACAUGAUACAGUUAGAAACCUGCAGAUGGUAUACCUAGAACUGUGCAGGUGAUACAGUUAGAAUCAUGCAGAUAGUAUACUUGGAACUGUGCACAUGAUACAGUUAGAAACCUGCAGAUGGUAUACCUAGAACUGUGCAGAUGAUACAGUUAGAAACCUGCAGAUGGUAUACCUAGAACUGUGCACAUGAUACAGUUAGAAAUCUGCAGAUGCUAUACCUAGAACCAUGCAGAUGAUAUCGUUAGAACCCUGCAGAUGGUAUACCUAGAACUGUGCAGGUGAUACAGUUAGAAUCAUGCAGAUAGUAUACUUGGAACUGUGCACAUGAUACAGUUAGAAACCUGCAGAUGGUAUACCUAGAACUGUGCAGAUGAUACAGUUAGAAACCUGCAGAUGGUAUACCUAGAACUGUGCACAUGAUACAGUUAGAAAUCUGCAGAUGCUAUACCUAGAACCAUGCAGAUGAUAUUGUUAGAACCCUGCAGAUGGUAUACCUAGCACUGUGCAGAAUCCUGCAGAUGGAGUGUGGAGAUAGUAGACAGUUUUACUUUAUGAAGUCAUUGGAACGUGUCAGUGGUAGCCGGGAUUAUUCUUAGUGUAAAUGGUGGUCAGUGUACCAAAUGCAGUGCCAACUAGAUUUUAUCUCUUACUGUAACUCACGAUGGACUAAUACUAUCCAAAGGUAUUCCUUCAUGAAUGUAUAUAUGUUUAGUAUUAUCUUAUCUAGCUAUACGUGAAUGACUGUAAAUGCAGAAAGCUAUGUUACAUAAUCUCUACAUACCUAAGAACAUUUCUUCAACAUGAUUCCACCCUAUUAUUUUCUUUGCUCUUUGUUAUUCAACGUCCUUUGCUCAUUUAAGGGGAUUUGUCACUUCUAUGGCAUUUACAUCAUUGUAUAAAAUGCUGUAAAUCACCUAUAACUUGUGUAAACUUUAUUUUUUAUACGAUGCUCUUUUUUUAAAAUGUCUAUUCAAGAUGUAGCAAAUGACAUCAUGAUCCCGUUCAGACAGGACAAAGUCAGGGCACACAUUGCAAAUGAGGAGCAGAAAUAGAACUGGUUUAAUUUCUCGUCGUCUCUGUAUGUUUUGUCUAUGCCUAUUGCCAGGUGUAAAGGUCAGAAUUUACAAUGAAUGACAGGGAGCUCUGAGGGAGACACCCUGGUACCGGAGAUAAAAAGGUGUGGAUUUCUAUAUUUAAUUUUAAUUGUCAGGUGUUACACCUCACGAAUGAAUAAUUGUAUAAAAGUAUCAUGAAAAUUAAACUUACAGUGUAAUUCACUACAGUGAGAAUUGGUAGAAAUUCACAGUGAAUUCAAAGAUAAUUUAAAAUUUAAGACCAAAACACCAAAACGUGAAGCGUAGCUGACUGGAGAAUGAUUCAAGUUUGUUUAUUUGGGCCAAAAAUGUUAAACUCCCAUUGAAUUCCCAACACUUGUCACUUUACUGACUAGCCCUGAUAAUAUUUAAAAUCCCCUUUAAGUUGCAUAGCUAGGUAAAAUCAGCUUCAUUGGUUCUCAGCGCGUGCCAGCUAUUAAUCCGUGCAAACCACACUUGAUUUAAACUCUCACUAGACAGGACAGACACAGGAGACUUACAAUAAGUAAUGCCACAAGUUGUUCAAAGUAUACACCAUCUGGACCCUGUGCAGCACAAAUGCCAAAAAUGAACAAUGAGGUAUAUUGUUUUUUUGUUAGGCAGUUCCACAAAUAUUAAAAUGUAAAAAAUAUAUAUAAAAAAAGUCUAUGGGGGUAUUAUUAAUAUAAGGGGGGUUUUAAACAUUCCUAUGCCCCACCUCCCAUAUGGCAAGUAGGGACCUAUAAACAAUUUUUUUUUAAAAUAGUGACUGGGCAUUGGGACUGUAAUAUAAAGUGGAGGCCAUAGUCCCCCCUACCUGUGGCAUUGUUGGGUUGAUCUGUGGCAAGCGGGUGUGGGUUAAUAUACUUUAUGUGUGUCCCCCUGCCCCUACCUGUAUCCCCCCCAGUUAAAAGGCAUGGAGGGGACUGUUUUAUUUUUUGCGGUGCAUGGGAAGGUGGCUGACACUUGCUAGUUUUAAAUAUUUAGUAGAUAUAUCUCCACCUACCCCACACGGUGGGGGCAAAGAGAGAUUUAAAUACUCCCUUAUUGUAAUAUGGGGAUUUUAUUGAUGCCCAUAAGCUUUUUAAUUAUCUAUAUUUUUACUUUUUUUUUAAUGUGGCAGCUUGCUAGCAAGCACAUGGAAAGCCCUGGCUGUGCUGAGGUUUUUGUUUUGUUUUUUAACUGUUUGACAGCUGGCAGCACUAGCAACACGGUACUUGCAAAAUUUUGUUAAAACUGGUGCUUUUUGAAUCUUCCAUAUCCUAUACUCUGCAUGGGGUUUGGAUGCGAAAGUCCCAAUUUUAAUCCAGACAACAAAAGCAUCUGGGCGAUUGCUGCAAAUCUGGAUUUGGCUUGGCUUUAAUAAGACUGCAUUCAGUGUUUAGUGAAUAGCCCAGAAUGUCUCUACAGUUCUGCUAUUAGUCGUUGGAAACUCUGCUGGUAUAUACAGUAUCAAGUCAUGAGAUGGAUACAGGUCCACAUUUAACUCAUCUCCCAGCAGCUUGAGGUAAACUGUAGGUCCAACAAUUCUCAAGAUGAAGUGAGUAGACUUCAAAUUGUUACACUCAGGUGAAAUUCACCAACGUUUUUGUGAGUAGAAGUCACAUUGAAGUGUUAAAGAAUUGAGGAAGGAAGAGGAACAAUGGGGAGAUUCAUUUUUUUAGACAAAGUGUGGUAAUUCCAAGGCCAUCAUAAGUAUGCCCCUUCUCGGUCUCUCUGCUCUGUCACACCCGAACGACCAACUCACGCUUGCAGGACUUCUCGCGGGCGUCUCUCUUCCUAUGGAAUCGAAUACCUACCACCGUCAGAAUCUCCCCUAGUCUUCAACCAUUUAAGAAGUGCCUUAAAACCCAUCCCUUCAGUAAAGUUUAAAGCCUUUCCAGAGUAACCUCUACCUCACAUACCUGUCUCUUACUCUCUCCAAAAGAGCAGCACUCUACUCUCUCCUCCAGCUCAUCCUCACUCCACCUUGUUUGAUUGCUACCUCCUGUCCUGUUGUGUUUUACACCCCACCUCCUAUAGAUUGUAAGCUCGUUUGAGCAGGGUCCUCUUGUUGUUCCUGUACCAUUUUGUAAUGGUCUCAUUUAUUGUUAAAUCUCCCCUUACUAUAAUAUUGUAAAGUGCUACGGAAUUUGUUGGCGCUAUAUAAAUGGCAAUAAUAAUAAUCCUUGCAAAGGGAAAUACUGUCUGUACUAAAACAGGCUACAUUUUUUACAGACUAUUUAGAUAUCAAUGAAUUCUAUCUACUGCUUAGAAAAAAAACUACAACAGGAAGGGCAUCUAAAAACCACAUUUACAAUUCAUUACAGUUAGACGUAAACAUAAUCAGCACCAUGGACAAGGGGGUAUUUAUUAAAACUUUAUAUAAUAAGACACGUGUAGUUCUGACCGCUGCCUUUAAAAAGUAUUUUGUUGCGAAGCAUUAAUGUAAUAUUUUAAAGCUAAUUCUGGUUUUCUCUUUUUGAAAAAGAAAAAAACGUCGGCCCGGAUAUAUCCUGCUUAUCAUACAGCUUUUGACACAUUUGAUUACGCAUCUAAAUAUAUUGAUCCAGGUAAUGGCAAUUGAACACACUGUAUAUAUACACACAAUGAAAGACCAUGUGUGAACAAACAUUAGCCUCAAAUCAGGUUUUAAUCAAUGCGCAGUUCCAAAUGGUAACCAAUUUAGACAUCCAUGGAGCAGCGACUGCCAAACAGAUGCUUUUGAUAUGCAUCUCUGUUACUUCACGUCAGUGUCAUUUCAGCUCUGUUGACUGGGGCAGUCAAGCUUAGGAUUCUAGGAGUUAGUGUGAGGAUCUAUAAUUGUAGCAGUUAUAGUUAAUCGUCAGGUACGGAAGCUUAUUGUUAGACUAUUGGUUAAGGGAGGGAGUUAGGAUUAUAAGACUUGUUUUAGAUAUAGGGUUGUGGAAGUUAAUUGUUAGACCAUGAGUUAUAGGAAGUUAGGAUUAUAAGACAAAUUUUUGAUGUAGGGUAGUGGAAGUCAGCAAGUUUUGCUCUUCAGAGGCGGAGUUUGCAAGAAGCACAAUACUGACAUAGGCAGAGACGGACCCAAUGCAAACCAUGUGACUGUCUAACAGAGGUGUAUUUGCAGUAUGCUAGAAGAUAGGCAUACGCCUCUGGUACACACUAGCCCACAUUCUGUCCAUACACACUCCCCUAACGUGGAGACAAUAUAAACUCACUAUUAAAAUAAGUAAUAAAAAUAUGGUGCUUAGUAACAUACAUUCUGUAUUUCUGGUUUAAAAUACUGAUAUUGGUAUACACACACAGGAUAGAAUCAUGCAGGGGAUGUCUUGGCUUCUGCAUCGCAUGGGCCCCACAGUGCUCAUGUUGAUGCUGAGCACCAUUCUGGCAUCUUUUACACAGCGGAACACUCCAUCUUUCAUAUAUUAUAUGUGCGAAAAUUAUCACGUAUUUUUUCUCACUGCUCCAAUCCUCAUCCAUUCAGCAACAUCGAUCACAUACCUUUUGCUGUCAGAAUUGAUGCAAGUGAGUAGCAGCAGCUGUGGGGACAUUUAAAGACACUCAGAUCACUCCUAUUUUGACAAGUCAUGGUUUCAGUUACCCAAAAGUGCGUUAUAUAGUUAUCUGGUGUGUAUUUUCUGGUUUUAGACUUGGCUGUAUUUUGACUUAUUUGAUCUCUAGAAUGCUAGUUGGCUUUGUCUUCUCCGUUAUUCGUAUGUCUGUACUCUUUGAUCUAAGCUUGCCCCUCUCUAUUCUUUCUGUGUUGACAAAUGGUGUUCUAUGUUAUUUCACUUUAAGCCCUGCUGCCCUAAAGACCGGUAUUAACUAGUAUUUCCUUAGUGUAGGAUACUCUGUGCUCUAGGUGUUUGGGUAGCCCUGUGUUAACAGGUGUACCGAUGGUACAACUUAAAGGAACACUAUAGGAUCAGGAAUACACAUUAGUGUUCCUUUAAAAGCACUAUUUAGGUGGCUGGCCUCCCCUUUAAUAGGGUUAAAAACUCACCUUUAUUCCAGGGCUACCCGGGCCUGCCAGUGCUGGCACCGCGCUGUAGGCUAAUGCGCACACGCUUCAAAAGACUGCUCUGUGCCAAUCAGCAUCUCCUCAUAGAGAUGAAUUGAAUCAAUGCUGCUCUAUGAGGAAUGUUCAGCAUCUCCAUGCAGAGGGUGGAGACACUGAAUGUCAGUGCUGCACGUUCUGAGUGACUGCCACUGGAGGCAGUAAUGUAAACAAUGCCUUUUCUCUGAAAAGGCGGAGUUUACAUGGAAAUGCCUGCAUGGACAGGCUAUAGACACCAGAACUACUAACUACAUUAAGCUGUUGUUCUUCUGGUGACCAUAGUGUCCUUUCAAUAGAGAAAUUGCCUGUCUCCUCGUAACAUGUAAAAAAAACUGCAUAACAUUUCAAACAUUGUAUAUAAAAUAAGUAUGAGAUAAAAUAGUUUUGAAUAUAGAUUGCUUUUAGGAAUACUUAGAAAAUAAAAUUGUAAUGUAAAUUAACAGUUUUAUAUUUUCAUGUAAAUGUUUAUCCUUUACAAAAAUAUUGGAGGAAAGGGGAUAAAAUGAUUUAGAUCUUAUAUGAAGUCAUUUAAUUUGUAAUAUUUUAGACUUGGUAUGAAAUAUUAGCAUAGAAGCAUAAAUAUAUUUUCAGCCAUGGGUAUUUUUAAGAAACCUGAUGGGAUUUAUAGUUCUGCUGUUUCACAACAAUGGGAGGAGGCAGUGUGGUGGAGAAGUUGCCUUUUGAAUAGCAACUGCAGAGAUGCAGAGGAACAUAAUGGGAUUAUGGCAGAGUAAGAAUUAGUAUUGCACUAUGGGGGUAGAUACAUGGGGUUUUAUGGGAUGAAUUUAGUUUCAUUUGUAAUGUUAAAUUACAGUUAGUAUGCGUAUACCCUUAGUUGAUAAUAAUGGGGUAAUGCCAGACUCCUCUUAAUAAUAAAUUUUGUACUCUAGGUUUUACCAGUCACCAAACGGUUGCUCGCACGGCAGGUAAUGUCUUGCUACGACUGUCCGACAGCAUUAUCCUUCCUCUCGGGGCUAGGGAUUAUGUGGAACUUCUAGAAAACUACUACAAUGAAGCAGAGAAACAGUUCCUGGUAAAUCUCAACCUGCACAAGAUAUCCCUAGGUAGGUGUCUGUAAGGUACGGCUCAAUGGUAGGUGAAAUCUGAUAUCUCUGAGCAAUACAAUAGUUUACUUCUUGGCUCAAAGCUGGUGUAAUGACAUGUUUGCAUACCCACUUUUUUGAGGCCUGGCACUCUUGUGGGUGGGUGUUCAGCUUGCACUUAGAAGAAGUGGGUGUUGUGUAUGUUGUGUAUUGUGAAUCUUAUUUAACUUGUAAUUCCGUGUUUCUUUAGAACCAUUGAAAACUGCUAUAAACAGAUAUAAGACGGCAUCAGAGACUUUGGAAGAAACUAUUCAAAACCUCAAGGAGACUGAUGAAACGUGAGUAGUGUGUGAACUAUACUAAGAAAUCAGCUUGUUUUUCAUAUCCCUACCAAUCUCCUGGACCUUAAUCUAGAACACCAUACUCACAUACAUGGCCCAAAUUCUCCAUACAUUUUUACCCCACACAUCAACACAAACAGACCCCCAACACAACACCACAAACAGUCUCCUCAACACAGUACCACAAACAGUCUACUCAACACAGUACCACAAACAGUCUACUCAACACAUAACCACUAACAUCUUUCCCAACACAGUACCACAUACAGUCUCCUUAACAUCACCACACACAGCCUCCCAAAAAAAAAACAUCACCACAAACGGCUUCCCUAACACAGUAAGACAAACAGUCUCUCCCACACAUCACAAUAAACAGCCUCCCCAGCACAGUACCACAAACAGCCUCCCCUACACUUAACUACAAACAAUCUUCUCAACACAGUACUACAAACAAUUUUACACACAAACCACCACAAUUGUAAUACAAGAAGCCUGUACGCAUAUUACUAUAAAAGCCCAUGAUAUAUGUGACACCAUCUCUGUUCUUAGCUAACUGAAAUGUUAAAUAUAUUAAGAAUUCUAGAAAAAAAGGUAUAAACAAUAUACCAGCAAGUGGAGCGCUAUAUUGAAUAUAUAUAUAAAUAAUGAGGGGGUAUACUCACCCCUCCAACAUAGUGAUACAAUGUGUCCAAAUGUACAUACAAAGUAAAACAACUAAAAGAGAGAAUAUAGUGCAGAUGGUUUACAAAAAAUAAAAAAAUGAAUAAUGGUAGCAAUUGGUUGAAACCACUCACGUGGGUUGGAGCCUAUAAGCUAUUGGCUCCGUAAGUGACUCCUUCUUGCUCUUGAGGCAGCAACACACCCCUUUAUCCCAAAACGAUAUUCUCCCGAAGAUAUGGAACAAACAGAGAGAGAGAACCUCAUAGGUGGUAUUGUACAGAUGGUGUAUACAAUAUAGUGAGAUAGUAAUAGAUAUGCUCACCUUAGACAGAGCCUUGAAUUCCUGGCUCUGAGGUUUGUUGGCAAUGUGCUAAUUUAUUGGGAUAGCAUUCCCCACAUGGUGUUUGGACUUUUAUACUUGGACUUUCCAUCAUUUAGCUUAUGUGCUUUUGAGAAGUCUAAAUAUUGUUUUUAUUAUUAUUUUUUUAUCUCUACAAUAAAUUGUUAUUUUUUUAUAUAUUAGUCCAUAUAGUCCUUUCUAGCCUCCAGGAACACCAUGUGGGGAAUGCUAUCCCAAUAAAUUAGCACAUUGCCAACAAACCUCAGAGCCAGGAAUUCAAGGCUCUGUCUAAGGUGAGCAUAUCUAUUACUAUCUCACUAUAUUGUAUACACCAUCUGUACAAUACCACCUAUGAGGUUCUCUCUCUCUGUUUGUUCCAUAUCUUCGGGAGAAUAUCGUUUGGGAUAAAGGGGUGUGUUGCUGCCUCAAGAGCAAGAAGGAGUCACUUACGGAGCCAAUAGCUUAUAGGCUCCAACCCACGUGAGUGGUUUCAACCAAUUGCUACCAUUAUUCAUUUUUUAUUUUUUGUAAACCAUCUGCACUAUAUUCUCUCUUUUUGUUGUUUUACUUUGUAUGUACAUUUGGACACAUUGUAUCACUAUGUUGGAGGGGUGAGUAUACCCCCUCAUUAUUUAUAUAUAUAUUCAAUAUAGCGCUCCACUUGCUGGUAUAUUGUUUAUACCUUUUUUUCUUGUAUUUUGCAUUUUCUUGUAUUUUGCACUUCAUUGUGGAUUAAGGUAUUCCACUUUUUGUGUUGAGCUGCUUUUAUUCAGGCACUUUAGUAUAUCACUCACUAUCUCAGUAAGGGAUAGUUUUUGUUUUCUUUGUGUGUAAAGAAAAACAGACCUAGCCUGUGGCUCGGUGGUCCAAAUUCAUCUUUUCUGAUGAGAGCAACUUUUGCAUCUCAUUGGGAAACCAAGGACCCAGAGUUUGGAGGAAGAAUUGAGAGGCACACACUGCAAGAUGCUUGAAGUCCAGUGUGAUCUUUCCACAGUCUGUGUUGAUUUGGGGAGCCAUGCCAUCUGCUGGUGUUGGUCCACUGUGCUUCAUUAGGUGCAGGGUCAACGCAGCCAUCUACCAGGAGAUUUUUGAGCACUUUCUUUCGCAGAGGAGCUUUAUGGGGAUGCUGACUUCAUUUUCCAGCAGGACUUGGCACCUGUCCACACUGCCAAAAGCACCAAAGCCUGGUACAAUGACCGUGGGAUUACUGUGCUUGAUUGGUCAGCAAACUCGCCUGACCUGACCCUCAUAGAGAAUCUAUGGGGUAUUGCCAAGAGAAAGAUGAGAGACAUGAGACCUAACAAUGUAGAAGAGCUGAAGGCCGCUAUUGAAGCAUCCUGGUCUUCCAUAACACUUCAGCAGUGCCACAGGCUGAUAGCUUCCAUGCCAUGUCGCAUUGAGGCAGUAAUUGCUGCAAAAGGGGCCCAAACCAAGUACUGAGUUCAUAUGCAUGCUUAUACUUUUCAGAGGUCCGAUAUUGUUCUAUGUACAUUCCUUGUUUUAUUGAUUGCAUGUAAUAUUCUAAUUUAGUGAGCUUGUGGAUUUGGAGUUUUCAUGAGCUGUAAGCCAUAAUCAUCGCACUUAUGACAAAUCACGUCUUGAACUAUCUUGCUUUGCAUGUAAUGCGUCUAUCUCAUAUAUUAGUUUCCCCUUUUACAUUGCCUUACUGAAAUAAAUGAAUUUUUGCAUGAUAUUCAAAUUUUUCGAGUAUCACCUGUACAUACAUACUGUGGCGAAACUGACCUCGCCACUGGGCAUUGGAGAAGACUGAUUGAAGCCUCCUGCCAUGUGACUAUGGCCCCUGGGAUGUAUUGCCCUUUAAAGACAUGAUUUGGGCAUAAUGGAUUUGUGUUGUGCUGCUGCUGGCCCUUUAAGAACCAUUUGGGGACAUACUGUGGAGUUACUGUGUGGCCACUAUUUCCUGUAUCAGAGGCACAUGGUGAGAACAAUGGAUGAAGCACAUGGUGAGAAUAAUGGAUGGCGGCCAUUUUAACUCACAGACACUGUUUGGACUUUUCAACACGGUGCCAUCUCGCCAGUAUUUGGUGCACAGAGACAUCGUGCAGUGGUUUUGGACUAUACAACAGGGGACACCUUAUACAGUAAUUGUUUUUCAUUUAGCCUGCAUAUGUUCUGUAAAAUCUCCAUUAAACUGUAUCUUCCAAAGUACUGAACGGAUCUGGGUGAAUUUUGGAUAUGUGGUUCACCCAGACCCCCCGGUUCCAACUUUUUAUGGGGUUAUUGCAUGUUUUGGGGUCCCUGUGAUGUGUUUUAUGAAACUGUAUUUCUCUGUCAGUGAUAAUUAGAUUACCCAUUGUGUAAGGUAAUUGUAUCACAGGCAGAGGGGAGGAUUUUGUGUGGGAGUGUCUGAGUGUAUUGUACGUGUUAUUGGUUGUUCUGUAAAACCCUGUGGGCAGUACUAAGUGUUACGGUACCCUCAGCAUGAAAUUCACAAACCGCCGUUUAGUGAAUGCUCCCUGUUCGCAAUGUAUAUCCAAUACAAUAAUACGAACUGCAAGUAAGGGAUUGCUGUAAAACUCACGAACGGGGUCCGUACGGGCACUUCACUUCACAAGCUCCAAACUCAUGAAUCGCCAAUAGCAGCCAAACGCAGGUAUCUCCCAAGCGGCUAAUAAUCCGAUCCAGCAGUCUCUAGUUGUCGGUAAUAAAUCCCCCCAAUAACGAGACCAAGCUUCGCAUUGAGGCUAAAACAAGAACUGGCUUAACUGUGGGCUACCUGCCCGUAUUUAUGCAGGUCUCCCACUUGGUGGACACUCCCCUAGGGGACCAAAUGGGAGACUGUGAUAACAGAUAGACAUAUGGCAGUUCAGGACCCACAGACACAAAAUAUUCCCAGCAUGCAAUAGUAAUUCCUCCCCUCUGCCCUGGAGAUAAUUGAGAAGUAAUUCAAUUAUCUCCAGGACAGAGGCAAAUUGCCAUUUUACAUUCAACACAUAAAACACAAAAAAAUAUAUAACUUUACAUUUGUCAAAUGCUACCGAUUCGUAUCACGUAUCCCCAGAUAGCCUGGAUCUGAGUGCAUAUUAUUGGUGAAUAGCACUCAGAUCCCACACACAUAGUUCAAUUGCCAUGGAGUCAAAGUCUAUUACAGUUCUUCAGUAUGCGAUUGACUCCAUGGGAAGGCUAUCUGGGGUAAGUCCAUUCGUGCCUUUAAACCUCCCAAAUGGCUGGUGUUCGCACACUUCUGUAGAUUGAGAAGGGAGGUCGACGGCUUCAGCGGUGUUCGGUUGAAAAAGUGUCUGUUUUCAGUUCCAUGAAAUAACCGUUGAACACCGCUGGUCUUUCGCAUGGUUAAAAUGGCCGCCGCCUCGUGGUCGACAUACGAACGACGACCACCCUGUAUUCAGUUUUAAUUGAGAAGAGUCUGUGGUUAACCGCAAUGUUCUAAUUGGGAUUAAUAGGUUAACCAGCAGCACACUUCUCUUCUGGGUGGCCGUCCGUUCGACAGUUCCGUUCGGCAGGAAAGUACAUUCACUAAAACAAAGGCAUACGAACGGGUAAAUUCAUGCAAACGGCAAAACAGACGAAUUCAGCAAUCUUAGUCUAUACAGAUGGAUCUGUCACACUAAGUUUGUGGAUUGGGAAUAAAAGAGGCUGUAUGUGCCAGUCCAGGCAGUUCCUGCUUAACCCUCAAAGUGAAGUGUUGUCUCAUUAUUGGGGAAGGAUUCAUUGUAUGCUGUUCCAGUUUUACUGCUAGGAGUCUAAACCCAUCCAUAUGUUUUUUUCCUAUUCAGCUGGUUAUAGCAUUCAUAUGCUUGAGAGUACUCAUAUGCUUCUCCGGUUCGGUGAUUGUGGUGUCUGCCAGAGUGCUUGGAGUCCUCAGGAAACGCUAGGAGCAUCCUUUAACAGAGGUACCCAGUUGGGGUGCCAGGUGAUCCUUUACACAUACAUUCAUGCAUACAAAGAAAAUCCAGAUAGCACUCCCAUAUCUUGAUAAAAAUAAAACUUAGCUUUUGAAUUGCCUUACAUAAAAAAAUUACAAAGUCAACAUUUCAGUUUCAUAUGUACAUACUUUCAUCAGUACUAGCAUAUACAAUACAAAAAAAAAACAUAUAUACCCAACUACAUACAAACAAUCACCCCACAUAGUGGUGCCAUCAGUGGAAUACAUAUAGGUGUUGCAGGGGUCGCAACUGCUCAAGGGGGCCCGGCCGCCCUGCAGACACCUGCGACUGGGUGCCCGCCACCAUGUUUUGUGGCCCCGGUCCGUGCAGCAAACCGCGCCGCCGUUCAAGGGGUCCAUCGGGUGGCCCAUGCUGUUAGGGCCACCCGAUGAGUAUGGAAGUGACUGCCCCAGAGAGCCCACGCGGGAGGAAGUAAAGGAGGGAGUCAGAGUGGACCCUAGGACCACUGGACCUUAGGGAAAGUCACCCUUAUGCACCUAAAAGGUAGGAAACAGGAGGGUGACUUAAAUAUUUUGUAUGUGUGUGUGCUUGUUUGUAUGUGUGUGUGUUUGUUUGUUUGUAUGUGUGUGUGUAUGUGUGAUUCUGUCUGUGUGUAUGUGUGUGUCUAUGUAUGUGAGACUGUGUUACAGUUUCCCCAGGCUAGCUGAGGGUUAGACCGCUUACCAAGGACCAUCAACACCGCACCGGACACCAUAAGCACUGCAGACCCCAUGAACCGUCGCAGCUUGGUUGGGGUCUCGCCAUCUCCUACCCACCCUGGACCUAUGACAAGGCUCCAGGCUCCAGUGGGUGAACCUCUCUUCCUUCAGUGAGCAAAGCAGGAACAGGAACAAGCUCUUACAAAAGCUUAUUGAAGCUAAGGGAGUAUGAAGAGCAUAGCAAUCCCUGUAGUGAUUAUAGCUGUCCCUCCCCAAACACAAGUCCAGGCUGCGAGUUGAGGGUCAAGUAGAACUGAAGGUUUAAUGGUACAGCUGCUUCUUUUAUAUAGUAUUUCCCCACAAGGUUACCGCCCACGUGGACCUUGUGGGGCACAGGACAUGUAAUGCACAAUCCAAUAACAUUGAACACUCCCAGUUACUGUACACAAACCCUCCCCUCUGCCUGUGAUAAAUUAACAAAUACAAUGGACUAACUCAUUUACCACAGGCAGAAAAUACACAUUUUUACCCAACACAUACUCUAAAACACCACAUAUCCCCACAUUACAUUAUACAUCCCUGGAUAGCCCUAAUCUGGAUGAACAACAUAUCUAAAAAUCACCCAUACACACAGACAGACACACACACACACAACACACAUAUACAUACAAAGAAACAUACAUACAGACUGUGAUGAACUACACUUCACCACUGGCUUUUGGAGAGGCCUGCUUGCCAGCCUCUUGCAAUUUGACUAUGGCCCCUGGGAUGUAUUGCCGUUUAAAAACUCGAUCUGGGCAUUUUGGAUUUUAAGCCACUGUUCCUGCCCCUUUAAAUUUGUAUUGGAAAAGAUUUACACUUUCGAAAUGGCACUUCGGAAACAGCCGAAGUGGCCACCAUUUGUAUGCUCGUACAUGUUGCUGCUGCCAUUUUGUUUAGGUGAAUGCGGCCAGCGGUGUUUUGCUGUUGAGUUCAUGGAACUCAAAUCGGAAACACUACGGCAUGAACACUGCUGAACUUUACCUUCUAUGGAACUUUGACGGGAGUGGGACGGCGUUCGGCAAUUCGAACACAACUUUAACAUUGUGUAUUUGCACGAACGGAAAUUAGUAUUGGAUAUAGACCGGCCACACAGCCUAAAUCUGUGGAACUAUUUUCGGCUUGAAAGUCAUGCUUGCGGUCGGUCAAAUGUGACUUCCAUGGAACUUUUGAACCCCUGCUCUGAUCUGGGUGACUUUUGGAUAUGUUGUUCACCCAAAUCAGAGCUAUUCAGAGAUGCAUAAUUUAUAUGUUUGACUUUUGGGGUGUUUCUUGUCAGGAUUACUAGUUGAUCCAGCACGUAGAAUUUUAUCACAUGACAGGAGGCUUCGUAUUUUGCAUAAUCUUUCUUUACUAACUCCAUAGCAGCAAAGAAAAGAGUGACAUAACUGAGAACCAAUCACAAUGCAGUAUAGAGUAUAAGAGGUGUAACGUAUGACAUCAUUUCCUCUUUUUUUCUUUGCUGCUCCAUCACAAGAUAAGUACAGACUUGGUUUUCCUCUCUGUCCUUACACUAUUUGUCAUCUAUAUCUAAGAACUAUUGUCUAAAUAUUUCUAUUACAAUUACAUUUAUUCAUUAUGUUAUUUUAAGUGCUUCUGUAUUGUUACCUUUGGGGGCUCUUCCCCCCCACCCCUCUGGCUCUGGGACCUUUUCCACUGCUUUUAUUUGGCUUACCCCUUUCAGGGAGUCUUAA